GAUGCAGAAACACGGAAACGGAAGCGUAAUAAGAGUGAUGUUGCACUGAGCUGUCAGUUGCACUUGUUUACAUCAGACUUUAUUUUUACUUUUUGUCAAAAGCCACGUACAGACUGUCGGUGAGGCAUUAUUCAGAGCGUCUUGUUCGAGGAUAAAGCAGCUAUCCUCCAUCAUAACCGGAGAAAUGAGGGUCUCUGGAGCUUUAUUUCUGCAGUUUUUGCUGUUGGUCGUUCCUCACAUCAGUUGCUGGAAUGAUGAGGCCGUGUUGCUUCGUGAUGUCCAGGUGCUGACCCUGUACAGAGGACGCUACACCACGGCCCGCCGCUCUAGCCCUGUUCCCCAGCUGCAGUGCAUCGGAGGCUCCGCCGGCUGCGGAUCCUUUACUCCAGAGGUCGUGCAGUGCUACAAUAGAGGAUCAGAUGGCAUCGACGCACAGUGGGAAUGCAAGGCUGAUAUGGAUAACUUGUACCGGUUUGGCCGUGUGGAGGUCUCCUGUGAGGGUUAUAACAGCCCCAAUGAUGCCUAUGUGCUGCGAGGCUCCUGUGGUCUGGAAUAUACGCUGGAGCUCACCGCAGAAGGGAAGCAACAGCAGGGAUCGUCUGGAUUCUCAGGCUUUGCCUCCAACUUCUUCCAAGGUUUUUCCAAUCAGAAGCAGCAGCAGAGAGGAGGAGGAGGCGACGGCGGAGGCCCGUAUCAGCAGCACUCCUAUCAGAACAGCCCCUCUGGAGAUGGAGUCGGUGGGCUUUUAGUGGUGGCUUUCCUCCUGCUGGUGGCGUUUGUGGUCUACAAGAUGUUUCUAUGCAGUCCCACUAAUGGCCACCAGGGCUUUGGUGGAGAUCAGGGGUAUGACAGCACCAAUGGGGCCUGGGACAACAGUCAAGGCAUGGGGCCGCCACCGCCAGGGUUUAAACCUGAUUAUUAUUCAGGAGCAGAUCACUCCAACUCAAGGCCUGGAUACGGCUUCUCUGACUCCUACACCAGACCUCAGAGCUCCUGGACUGGUUUCACUGGUAGAACCAGACCUGGUGGAGGCGGCGGCGGCGGUGGUGGAUUCUGGACUGGAAUGGGCACAGGUGGAAUUCUGGGAUAUUUGUUUGGGAAUCAGAGACGGCAGCCACCGAUGGGCUUCGCAGGACCAACUUAUAACAGCAACCCUUCUCCAGCUCCUAAAACAAGCUCAGGAACACGGACCGCCUCAGGUUUUGGAACCACUAAAAGAAGAUGAUUGCAGAGAGAUGAGUGUCUACCGUCACAACUUCAGGUCUCUGAUUGGAUGUGAUCGGCAGGCAAUGUACAACUGUUUCCAAAUGCUGUUCAUUCAUAACUAUUAUGUAAGUCCAGAUGUAGUGUGGUAUUGAUCUGGAUCGGUUUGCAGUUCUUCUCUUAAACUGCUUGAAAAACUCCUGCCUUCUUCCACACUGGGUUUAGUGCAAGUAUAGACGAAACAAAAAAACCAAAGCAAUUGAUCCUGAAGCACUGCAUUUUUCCCCAAAGUUUUAAAUUCUCGAUCCAUAUUUUCUACAAUUCUGUAUAUAUUUUAAGUCAGCAGUAAAUACACUUGCUGAUCUUGUUCUCCAGAUUUUUCCAACAUAUUUCUUCAUUUAAAUGAUAUCAUUUUUCAGUUUGUCUUAUCAGCUCCCAGUGUAUAAAUUCAAAUCUACUUUUAAAAAUAGUUUUCUCUUGAAAAUAUUGAUGCACUGGUGACAUAUAAUGAUGACUUUAUUUAAAAAUAAAAGAUAUUGUAAAAAUAAUGUAAAUAGUUGUGGUUUUGUUUGAGAGAUUAGCUUGAUAUACCCAAGAUAUACUGUGAUAUAAUUUUUAGGCCUUUAGCUCAUGUGAAACAUGCAAAAUGCUUCAUAUAUUGAAGCAUAAGUUGUGCACUGGCUCACUCUAUUACUGUUGAUGCUUUUUAUAUUAAAAUCAUGGUUUGGGAAAUCUUUUCUUGACGUGAUUAUUGUGCUGUUAGUAGUAAAUAGUGACCCUGGACUACAUUUCUAAAAAUGAUCAACUUUUCUUUUAUGCCAAAAAUCAUUCAAAUAUUAAGUAAAGAUCAUGUUAUAUGGAGACAUUUCCUAACAUAACUAUUCCAAAUUGUAUUUUCUGAUUAGUAAGAUUUGGAUGUUUUUGAACUUUCAGAUUCCAGAUUUGCAAUAUUGUCCGAACAAACCAUAAAUCAGUGAAAAGCUUAUUUAUCCCUAUGGUGUAUACAAAUUAACAGUUAUUGUCACUUUGUGGUCCAGGCUCACAAUUGAAUUUGAAUGAUGAUGAACGUUGAUAAUGGUUACAAGCAUAGCAUAGCUUAAAACAGUUGUGUAUAGAUCUUUAGAAGUUUAAUUUCUUCAUCUUUAUAAGCACAUCAAGACAUUUCUGCGUUGUGCAAUAUAAAGAUUUAUUCCAUGUUUUUGCUAAGAAAAUAUUACAAACCAUGACGCUGUUUUAUAAUCUUAACAUUGUUCACCGUCAGCUUCAUUUAAUAUUUACCAUAAUGUAUCCCAUCACACCAGGAUAAACUAUAUAAUGAUUCUUAGCAAACUAAGAAUUUAGAGAUAAUGAUCAUUUUGGGCCUAUUAGAACAAUAAUCAUUAGAUGGCAUAUUUUUAUGACUAUUUAAAGAUCUCAGACCCCAAAUAAUAACUAUUUAAUGAUAAUCAUAUAUAAUUAAUAAUGCUAAUUUUGAAUCCUCAUGCUUUGCUGAUAUCCUUCAAAAUCACUAGUUUUUUUUUUUUAAGUGCAGAAUGUAAGUUUGACACCCAGUGGUUGAAAUAGGUAUUGCAUACUAGGAUCAAAACAGAUUCCCAGAUUGACGAUACCAACAGUGAUGCUGAUUUAAGUCGUGUUCUAAAUAAAAGCACUGGCACACAA